AUGGGCUCUGACAGGGCCAAACUCUGCGAUCUGUGCGACCAGAAUAUCAAACCAUGUGGCUGGUCCACUCACCGAAAAGCCUGUGAGAAGAACACUCAAAAACAAGCCCAAGAUCAGCGCAUUGCAGACUCAAUCAGGCGGCGAAAAGUUCAGCGCGACCCUUCAGCAUCAACGAGUUUCCAUGAUGAUAAUUCAGGCCCUACUUUUGAAGAGCAGCCAGCUAUCCCUGAUGACGACAGGGACCUUCAGUAUCGUGAAUUUCAGCUUGAUGACAUCAAGGUCGAGCACCACCCGGGGAGUGGGAUCCCGACCAAAGUCUUUGCUUUCAAUGAUUUCACGUGUCGCCCUGCCCAUCAUUCCUCAUGGUCUGCUCCAGAACCUGACGCACAGCCUUGGCGUCCUUUCAGGUCUCGUUUGGAGUUCAAUGUUGCUGAGAUCGCCCUCGAAGCGGCCCUCAAUAAUGAACAGACGGACCAUCUCCUUGACAUAUGCCGCCACUGCACACAGAAGUCAGAGAAACUAACUUUCAAGAACCACAAGUUUACAAAGGACGUGAUUUCGAUACCCUUCGCAGAUAAAUCAUGGGACUUUGACGUCUACUAUCGCGAUCUUUGGGAGUGGGCUACUGACCUCCUCCAUGAUCCUCAUCUGUUUCCUUAUUUUCAUUUUGAUGCCCAGCGCUUGUCGAAGUUCAAUGGCCAGUCUUUCGAACGAUUUGUAGACGAACCCUUUACUGCUCAAGACUUCUGGGACGCUCAAUGUCACACAUCCUUCGAAUCAAAGCUAUUUCAUGUGACUGUCACACAAAGUUGA